AUGCAUUCACAGACCACAAAAGAAGAGCAGUCCAAAGAUGACUCCACAAACGAGAAGCAAGACGCUAUUGAACGCAGGAGACUUCAAAAUCGGCUAUCCCAGAGGAAUCACCGCCGCAAGAUCCGGGACAGGAUUGCCAAACUUCAAGAACGUGUUAUCGCUAGCGAGCUCAGAGCCGUUGCAACUCUGAAUGGUUGGGACCAAGCGAGUCCUUCAGCUGCGUCGAUGAUGGAAUCCAAACCGCAAGGUGACUUUGAAAGCAGCCCGUUGGCUCCUGCUUCGGAAGAUCCAGCAAUCUCGAAUGCCUCCCAACGGAACGUCUCCUCCAGUCUUUGUCGUUCAUGCUGCAGUCUACUUAACCAAAUGCCCGGUUCGUCCUCUUUACCCUCCCCACCUUCACCUCUGCCGUUCGACAUUGGUCUCGCCAACGGGGUUGACUCCGCCAACCCACCACACUCUACUCUCUUGAACCCUUCUCCCUCCUCGUCUCAGCUCAGUCCGUUCAGCUUGAACGCAUCUUUAAGUAUGACGGGGCUUCACACUCCGAAUGAAUGCAGUUACCCGCCAUAUCCUGACCCUCCAGGCUCCCAACAAUAUCCACAUUGCCCACACUACUAUGUAGCCACAGAGACCUCCCUACCGCAUAUUAUGCAAACACUGGGUAAUGCAACCUCGCAUCCCAAGGCGAUCAUCCUGAUACCGCAUGGAUAUUCCCCAGCGCCAUUCACAGGAGCAAACGCGGCAGACUCCACAGGCCUCAGAAGCUCCUUGAAUGGGAAUUUGCAGAAUCCAGGAUGCCACUGCUUGAGACAGGACCGCAGUUCUAGGCCCUCUGACCUAGGAACAUCCGGAGAAUGGAUGAACACGCCGUCUUUGACUUCAUUCUGUCCGCUGCAUCCUUCGCAGUCACCAUCGUUGGACAAUUUUCAGUCCAUGAUGCUAUGA